ACGGUGUAAGGCCUGCAUUAAAAUUGGUGUUUUUUAUAGUGCUGCGGUAGGUUUAUGUUUGAUUCGAGGCUAAAUUGUAAAAUUUUUGUUUAAUUGAUUAAAAUUUAAUAUUUUGCUUUGAAUUGCCAUCCGUAUGACAACUGCAUAAAUACUUGUAAUAUAAAUAGUUAUGUUUAUGAUAGUAAAACUCACUGAAAAUUUUACUCUGAAUCUUAAAAGAAGACGUGGCAAAUAUAAGUCACUUGAUUUCAUCAAUAAACAAAUCGAACAAACAUGGUAGAGGAAACGUUAGUUCUUAUAUUGCUAGUAGUUGUAAUGUUAGUAGGGUCGUAUUUGGCUGGAAGUAUUCCUUUAAUCAUGAAAUUGAGCGAGGAAAAACUCAAAUUUGUGACUGCUCUUGGUGCUGGAUUGCUUGUCGGAACAGCGUUAACGGUCAUUAUACCAGAAGGUAUUCGAUCGUUGUAUAUUAAUUCAGACGAUGAAUCACCUACGACGACGCCAUCCCUUGUUAAACACACGCUGUUAACGGAUCAUACAAAAACUAUUGGUUUAUCCUUAGUGUUGGGAUUUGUUUUUAUGAUGUUAGUGGAUCAAAUAUCUCAACGAAAAAGCAGUUCCAAUGAACAAAAUAUAACUGCCACCUUAGGCUUGGUUGUUCAUGCAGCAGCCGAUGGUGUUGCACUGGGUGCAGCUGCUACUACAAGUCAGAAGGAUGUAGAAAUCAUAGUUUUUAUAGCUAUAAUGUUGCAUAAGGCACCUGCAGCGUUUGGACUUGUAACAUUUUUGUUACACGAAAAAGUGGAGCGUCAGCGGAUACGAAGACAUCUAUUAAUUUUUUCUGUAUCAGCGCCAUUGUUUACCCUUCUUACUUAUUUUGGUAUUGGGCAAGAACAAAAAGAAACACUUAAUUCAGUUAAUGCUACUGGUAUAGCAAUGUUAUUUUCUGGUGGAACAUUUUUAUAUGUUGCAACUGUUCAUGUUCUUCCUGAAUUAACGCAUCAAAAUAUGCAUCAACAUCAACAUAGCCAAUAUGAAUAUCGUGUAUUAGAACAACAAACAACAAAAACAGAAGUUGAUUAUCUGGAAAAACGUCAGUCUUCGUAUGGCAUUCGGUACGGUGAAUUAGUUUUAAUGAUUUUUGGUACACUUCUUCCAUUAAUUAUAACAUUCAGUCAUCAUCAUUAGUAUUUUCGAGAUUCUAUUGAAAGUAAACCUUUGGAGUAAGAACUACAAUGGUAUUUCUUUUGCUAAAUUAAUAUAUGUACAAAUUUAAUAAUAUAGCCAAGCUGGGAGUAGGUAUACACUCAAUAUGAUGGAAUAUAUUUUGAAUGCUUGUUUUAAUCAAAAUUUAAAUGUUUUAUAUAUUAGAGUUUUUCUUGUGAUAUAUAUGUAUAAUUACACGAACUAUGCAGUAAAAAUUAUUUUUUACUUUUAAAACGUUAUUUUUAGUUUUUCAAACAUUGCAACUUUUACAGAUUAUUCAUUGGGUGCAACAAGUAGGUCCCUGUAACUAAUACAAAAGGUGCGUUCAAAGUUUUAGACGUUAAGAUCAUACAGAUCUUGCACUAGUAAAGUCUUUUUAAAUAUUAAAGUAUCGUUGGGAAACUGUUUACAAAUUACGAUUAUAAUAAAAAA